AAAUAGCAGCUAGGGUUUUUUGUUUGCCUCCUUCUCUCUUCUCCUUCAAGGUUUCAGGUAUGUCUCUUUCUCCUUCUUCUUUUUCUUCAGUUCUUCUUCUUUCUUCUUCUUUCUUCCUCCUGUAUUUUUGACUUCUGCUUCUUCAUCUGUUCUUCUUCUUUCUUCUUCUUUUUUUCCGGCGACAACUGGCCUAUUUCCGGCCACCUCUGGUUUUUUUUUUUUUUUUCCUUCUUCUAUUCUCUUCUUCUUUUUCUGUUUUUUCUCCUCUGUUUUUUUACCCUCAGUUUUUUUCACCUCUGUUAAUUGCUCUGUUUUUUUCUCCUCUGUUUUUUUUUUCUCUGUUUGGACCAGUGAGGCAGUGGUUGUUUUGCUCCUAUUUUUUCUGUUCAAUAAUUGUUUAAAUUUUGCUAUACAGUUAUAAACAGUAGGUUCAAAUUCAAUGGAAUCGUCGGACGCUAGCAAAAAAGACAUAGGUUGGAAUUAUGGUAUCAAAGGCCCAACAAAAGAUUCAGUCACAUGUAUCUUUUGUCGAGAAACUUUCAAUGGCGGAAUUACUCGACACAAACAACAUUUAAUUGGUGGUUACGAAAUGUAAAAAAAUGUGGAGUUUGUCCGCCCGAAAUUAGGGAAGAAGUAAAAAAGUAUGUUGAAAGUAAACAGUUGUUAAAAACUCAAAUGUUGCACCAACCAUCCUUGGCUAAUCUCUCUGAUGAAGAUGAUGAAAUGAUGCCUCCUCCUCAAAAAGUCAAAAAAUGUCAUCCAAUGCAUCAUCCACGGCACGGACUGCCAAUGUGAAAGGUCCCAUGAAUCUUUAUUACCCGCAAACAUCAAAGGGGAAGGGAAGCAGUAGCACGGCAGCGUCUGAUGCAUCCAAGAAGUUGCUAAGAGAUCGCGCUGUAAGUGCUUUUGCAGUAUGGGUAUAUGAUGCAGGGCUCCCUUUUAAUUGUGUAAAUCACAAAAGUUUUGAUAAAUACAUUGAGGCCAUAGGACAAUAUGGCCCAGGAAUGAAACCUCCUACCUAUCACGAAAUUAGAGUUACUCAUCUAAAAAAAGAGGUGGAGAAGAUAGAUGAGAUUAUUGAGGAACAUAAAUUGAAAUGGACAGAGUUUGGGUGUUCAAUUAUGAUGGACAAGUGGACAGCACGAAAUGGAAAAAUGAUCAUCAAUAUUUUGGUCAAUUCUCCAUUAGGUAGUGUGUUUCUUGGGUCAGUCGAUGCUAGUGAUGAAUCUACAAAUUCCACCAAGAUGUUCAACUUGUUUGAGAAGACUAUUAAGCAAAUUGGACCGGAAAAAGUUAUACAAGUUGUUACCGAUAAUGCUAGCGAGAAUGUUAAAGCCGGUGACAUGAUAAUGGGUGUGUACCCGCACAUUUAUUGGACUCCAUGUGCUGCACAUUGUAUCAAUUUGAUGUUUGGUGACAUCUUCAAAAUAAACCCGUAUGCUUCAGUUUUUCAGAAGGCCAUUAAGAUACAUUCUUACAUAGCAAUGAGGCCAUUGUUGUUGAACAUGAUGAGAAGAUAUACAAAACAAAGAAAUUUGGUGAAACCGGCUAAGACAAGAUUUGCAACGGCCUUCUUAACUUUGCAAUCUUUUUACAUGCAAAAGAAAAACUUGAGAACUAUGAUCUUCUCAACCGAAUGGACAGAAAGUAGAUUUGCAAAGGAACUUUUGGGAAAAGAAGUUGUCAGACAUCUUACUUCUACAUCUUUUUGGAAUGAUGUUGUUAGGGCACUUAAAGUUGGUUCUCCUUUGAUAGUAGCGCUUCGCUUGGUGGAUGGAGAAAAAAAACCAUCAAUGGGCUAUAUUUAUGAAGCAAUGGAUAGAGCCAAAGAAGCUAUUGAAAAGGGUUUUCAUGGUGAUCGGAAGCAAUAUGAGAAAGUUUUCGAAAUCAUUGAUCGGCGGUGGACGGACCAACUUCAUAGACCUUUGCAUGCAGCAGGCCAUAUUUUGAACCCGGGAAUGUUUUACACUAAUUAUCAAAAUAAGACUUUAUCAACAGAAGUGUGGCAAGGUUACCUUGAAUGUGUUGGUAAGAUGGUCCCUAAUGGAACACAAGAUGCUCUCAUCAAAGAGCUUCAUAUGUAUAAACAUGCAAUGGGGACUUUUGGUAUGCCUCAGGCUAUAAGAAACAGAGACAAAACAUCCCCUUCUGAAUGGUGGUCGGUAUUUGGUAAUCAUACCCCAAACUUGCAACAGCUUGCCAUAAGAGUAUUAAGUUUAACUUGUAGCGCAUCCGGAUGCGAGAGAAAUUGGAGCGUGUUUGAACAUAUUCAUACCAAAAAGAGGAAUAAGCUUGAACUAUCGCGUCUCAACAAUCUAGUGUACAUUAAGUACAAUAGAACAUUGAGGCGUCGUUAUGAUGUUGGCGAUACCGUUGAUCCAAUUCUGUUGGAUAAUAUUGACGAAGCAAAUGAAUGGUUAAUUGGAUGCCCCCAAAAUGAAGAAGAGGAACUAGUAUAUGAGGGAUGUGAUCUUGAUUGGGGUACUGUUUCUAGGGCGUCUGGAGUUGAGGAGAAUAUCUAUGGUCUUAGGGGCGGUUCUUCAAGUUCAGGGUCACAUAACAAGGGCAAAAGAGGAGCUACUACUGCUACAAGCUCACUUCGGUCUCGGUGCUUAAUUGAUGAAGAUGAAAACUCCGAGUUCGAGACCGAGACUGAGACCGAGACCGAGCCCGAGGAGGAAGAAGAUGAGGAGCAAUAUAAUGUUGAGAAUCUUGGAUAUCAAGAAUUUGGAAAUCUUGAAGAUCUUGAAUUUGAAUAGACUUUUAGUAUUGCACUAUUGCUUUAAUUUUAGUGUUGCUUGUCUUGUCACUUAUGAAUUAUUGAGUCAUUGACUCAUUCAAGUUCUAGACUCUUAGUAUCUACUAUCUACCUUUAAUUUUUGAAUUGAAAUAUUUGCUAAUAUGUUAUUGCUAGUGAGAUUUUGAUUAUUUA